AUGAUGGAUAAUAAUAACGAACUAAGCACGAAAAAUAUACCAAACAUAGCUAACAUCAUAUAUCCUAUAUCAUCCAACAAUAUCAAGGAAUAUGCCGACAUCAGUAUGUGUAAGGAAAGACAAACUGUGCAGUCGAGAGAAGAAGAUUAUAGAACCGUUUUCUUCUCACAAGUACGUUCCUUGUCAUGUGAAUUACCAUUUUUGGUGAACCAUAUCCUUAUCCUUGCAUGGGAAUUCCGUUCAUUCCUCAACAAUGUUAGGACGCGUGAAUCGCCGUUGUCUACCCCUGAACAGCAUACUUACUUAACAGCAACAGUUGCCGCAGCUGCUUUGGUUGCUAAUUUUCCGCUUAUAUCACUGCUCAAUCAUUUCGGUAUUCGCUUUAUAUUUACUAUUCCCAGAGUGUUAUCGUCUUUUGCUGCUUGCAUUUUACUCAUGGCAAUUAUUUGUGGAUAA